AUGAUCAGCAGCAGGUUUUCAUUUAGAGGCUCUGGGCCUGAACUACAGCCUGGAUCCCACCAUUCUUCAGGCCAUCUGGGCCAUGGCCUUGGGCCCCUGCUACUACUGCAACUGCUCUUCAUCACUCUCUUUGUUGGGGUCCUGGUGGCAUUCCUUUACAGAGUACCCAAGAACCCCAGUGACCAGAAACAGGAGAAGAUCUAUCAAGAACUGAAUCAGCUGCGAUCUGGAGUAGACCGCCUGUGCCGGCCCUGCCCCUGGGACUGGACGUCCUUCCAAGGAAACUGUUACUUCUUCUCCAAGUCCACCCGAAACUGGACCGAUUCUCUCAUCGCCUGCCAGGAGAUGGGGGCCCAGCUGGUCAUCAUUGAAAACUUGGAGGAGCAGAAGUUCCUAAAAUUCAACUUGCCGAAAAAACACCGAGCUUGGAUUGGGAUCUCAGACUUGGAAAAGGAAGAUAAUUGGCAGUGGGUGAAUGGUUCAGCUCUGUCGCACAGCUUUAGCACAUAUUGGAAUGAAGGAGAGCCCAACAACCAGGAAGAUGAAGACUGUGCAGAAUUUAAAAAAAGAGGUUGGAAUGAUGAGAAGUGUGCAUUUAAGAAUUUCUGGAUUUGCAAGAAACCUGCCGUAGCCUUCUGCUCCCGUGAAUGAAGCCAGGGUUUUUCAAACCCUUAUAGCUCUUAUUUUCCCUGCCAAGAAGAACUUCCCUCAGAUUUAUGCCAGCUCCUUCUCAUUGGGUGGGAGCUGGAUCACCGGAUGCUUCACUUUCUCUCUGGGACUUCUCUAAUUCCUCCUCUCCAAUGGGGGUGCAGCCAUUGGGAUCCUUCCUCUGAUGUCCC